AUCCCUUUCUACUUUUAAAUGGCUAUUGAAAAGGCCACCCUUUCCACUUACCCCCCGAAAACUGUGAUGAAUAUGUUGACCAAGUACAAACAUAUUGAGAAUGCUCAUGUAGAUAUAGACAAAUAAUAUACUACAACAACGUCAUUAUAGAUAAUAGCAUUUGCUUAUCAUCUUCAUCAAAAUGGACGUGAAAGCUUUCAAUUUCGCGUUCGGCAAGCUCCAGGAGUUGGAGUCUCCCGCUCGAACCGAGGAGGCCGAACGGUUCAUGAAGCGUUUCGACUUCUACUACUUCGCCAGUUUGUGCGUGUACAACCAUUGGGAUUUCAAGAGAACCAUCAAGUUGCACAUCCCCUUCGAUUUCGCUCGUACCGUAGAGCCUCCUGGCACUGAGAAAGCGCAAUACCAAGAGAUCACACGCCGGUUUGGACGGGCUAACAGUAACAUGUUUGACGCGGGCAAGGAGUUUUACGAACUGUUGAGGGUGAACCAACUGAUGCAGGCAGCGGCGUUGGCAGCGAGACAAGCUAAAGAAUUGGCUGAAUUGGCGAAACGAGACCCAUUGGCAGCGAAGAUGAGGGCAGGUAAAAAAGGUGGAAAGAAUCCGAAUGGACCCGUGAACCCCUUUGCCGGACUACCGAAUCCAAACGAGACGGACUGUCUGGAAUUCGCGAAACUGAAAUUCGGGGAGACGGCUGGAGUGUUUUUCAUGCCCUCUCCUUCAAAACCGACUGCAGACAUGCCCUUGUUGUCUUAUCCAGGUGUAGAAAGCCAACCUAGUAGGAGAAAGCUUGCGCUAGAAAAUCAGGCGUCGGCAUUGAAGAAAGGUGGAGACUAUGCUACUUCUAAGGGAACAAAUAGAAAGUCUAUGUUGUUCGGAAAUACGAACAAUCCUGUUGGAGAACAACAGAAAGUCUACUUUGGUCCACCAGUGCCACGACCUGCACACAACAAGGCGGACGAGGAACAACUUCUGCAGCAGUCCCUGAUGAAUUCGAGCAUUAAACCAUCAACGGCGUUGGGAAGUAAGUUGCUUUUAUCCGCUGGUCCUGUUCGACUGAACGCUGGACCAGCAGCUUCUGGAGCUCCAAACUCGUCUGCGAUGAAUGGGGGAGCAUUCAAGCUUCUGAGUCUGAAUGGCGUACUCACUCAGGCGGGAAAGGAGAUGCAGGCAGCCAAAGCGGCUUUAGCUGAAGCAACUGAACAAGGUGGACAAGGCAAUGGAAAUGGUGCAUUGAAAAAGCAGGCUAGUGUUGCUCCGCCAGCUUCAGCGACAGGCUCUGGCUCUAAAGGAUUUUCACGUGCCGCAACUUCCGAAGCCGAAACGGAAGCUUCCGACCAGCAGAAGAAGAAAGGGCCGAAACUUCCCUCACUCCAACUUGGACCACUUCAAGAACCUAUGCCAGCACACACUUCCCCGAGGAUGAACCGAGUUGGAGAGCAUUCUAGUAGGUGGUUUCAGCCAGGAGAGACCAUGGCUGCAGUACACAAAGCUAGGGAAUACGACGAAAACUACUACGAUGCCAGAAUGCAAGAUGCCUAUUUGCUGAAACGAACGACAGUGACCAGGAAGAUGAAGAACGCUUUGUUGAAAAAACCGGAUCGUACUAGAUUUCCCUUCAUUUGUUUCUCUAGUUUUCCUCUAAGAUGGAUGGCGCGAUCAUGCGACAACCAUGCUCAACAACCAUGCUACAACCAUUCUCAUAAGAGGGAUACCACGUACACGCGCGUCUUCGGUACGACUGUGUCCUCGUGAGCAUACUUAUUCUAUUCUCAAGAACAAAAAUAUACUACCACAGGUAUCCAACGCGCCAUCGAUCAAUUCGAGGAGCUUCCAAAAUUAAUCGAAGUCUCCCGUCAAAGCACGUUUCUUUCCGAGUUCUAUGGCUUUUUCCGAACCCCUAAUGAGAUCAUUUCGUUCGCCGCAUUCGAACCUGCACGUGACCUCGCUUUGUGGCUAAAACUACACCGUCGGGAGGUCAGGGACUUGGGUAUUCCACGUCUAGAAUGGGCAGAGAUCUCGACCUGGAUGUGCCAAGUCACGCACGGACUAGCCUGGUUGCACUACAAUGGCUUGACACACAGGAAUGUGAAGCCUAGCAACGUCUUCUUAGAGAGAGUAGCGGAGACCAAGGACAAGGAAAGCUACAAGCUGAAACUGGGAGAUUGGGGAAGUUGCAUUUUCAGGUCCUUACUUAUACUACUAGAAAAAUUGGACUUGUUGUACUAUUGAAUGGUAGCUCGAUGUGUCCUCCUCGUGUAUGACCAACAUUAUCGCAUGGUUAACAGGACGAUCAAGAACAAGAACAAUAAAACUCUCAUUUUCCAAUCAAAAACCGUAACUUUUCUUCCUCACACACAGAUACUACGGCGACACCAUCAACACAAACGACAUGCUCAAUUGGGCACCGGAGGUCAUCAUGGGAGAAGCUGUAACGCAGAGGACUGACAUGUGGGGUCUUGGCCAUAUUCUAUGGCAACUGUGCAAUCUACGGCCUGCCUUCCGCUGGCCUGAGAACGCCAGGAAAGGAUCUCAAGAGAAGCAAAACGCCUAUCUAGAGGCAUUAUGUACCUUUGGGUCGGAUGUUCCAGACUUGAAACCCGAGAAGUUUCCGCAGAGAUACAUCAAAGCGCAUCCAUUGUUGAAAAACCUGUAUGCGAAAGAGGGGAGGGCGCGUUGUACCUGCGGCGACCUGUUGGCUAGCCCGGAUUCAGCUCUGAGGUUUCAAGCAGAGACUGUGGAAGACAGCUGUGGGUGGAGGAGGUACUUAACAUUAAUCUGGUCAUCUAUUAAAUCGUUCAGAACGAUUUAAUAUCUACUAGAACGAUUCGUUCUAGUAGAUAUUCUAGUCGACGAUGCUCUUUUUCUUUUGUAGUUUCAGCGAAGAUGUUUGUUACAACAUCAAGGCCCAAAAAUUUAUGAUUAACUUCAUCGACUUGGUGGACUCGUCUGCUGGUGACAUGACAAAGACAAUUUAUUUAAGUAUAAUUUUUACAGUUACAACAACUCUCUAAAAGCUAAUAUUGCUUCGUAUUCAUCGUAUUGUCCCCCAUCCUCAUACCCCAAAAAUCCUCUCCUCCUCCACAGGAAACACCCCAGCAUGCUGUUCGUGAACCCUGACAAGGAGGUCCGCUUCCUCCCGGACGGCGAGCCACCCCUUUGGGUACCUGAGCCUCUCCCGCCUCAGCCUUGGCAUGUCCUUCCGCCGAACCUCUGCGAAGCUCUCUCUGUCGCCAGUCUAGCCACUAGAAAGAAGAAGUUGUUCCGACGCGCCAAGUUCUUCGCCAAGACCAAGAUCAUGAUGAACAAAAACAAGGAUGACAAAGCUAAUAUGGACUUUGGUGCUGGCGGAGCUUCCAGUAGCGAUGAAGAACAAGCAGAAGCCGAAAAGAGGAAGAAGAGCCUCGCUUCCGGAGAGAGUACGCAAGAAGUCGUGGUCGUCCGCAAGGAUCCGGACCCUGAAAAAGUGAUCCGAUCCGGAUCAGACCAAAUGUUCGCCAAGAUCGAAAGGUUGAAGGCUAGAUCUGCGAUGGGCCGAGUCGGAUUGAAAGGAGCAAAAGCCGCCUCCAAAGGUAACAAGGGAGGUGGGAACAAACUGAACAUGCGUGGUGCGGCAUCGGUGCUGAAAAACAGAGCGCAAUAUACGACGUUUCAAGACUUGUAUGACGCAGAAUUGUCACCAAGAGCUCGGUCAGCUAAAUCACCCAGAAACAAAGCUUUGGAGGCUGAAUUAGCGAAAGCAGGAACGACGAUCGAGGAAUUCGCUAAGAAAAUGAUGGAGAUGGCAGCCUCUGGGGAACUGGUACUUGAGGAAGAGGAGGAACAACUCGUUGCAGAACUGGUUGAGGUUGGCAAUGCCUUAGCUGCAGGUGAAAUUGAUGUUCCUGAGAGCAUGGUGGAUCCGGAGACUCUACCUGGUGAACAAGAUCCCAUGAUCAAAGACGACGGCGAUGAUGCACCAGCUGUUGCUGAAGACGGCGAAGAUGAAACUAUCAAGGUUGUCGUAGAAGUGGAGGGGGCGGAAGAUGAAAACAAGGAAAAGGUAAAGGAAGCUGGACGCCAUGGACGAGAUAAAAACGAUGCAAAAGAUGUAGUCGAGGACCCAGCAGUUGGUAAAACUGCUGAUGCUACUGGUGCAGAUGGCGAAGCUGCGGGACCAACAACUGGUGAUGGAAAUGAAGAGGCAGCUGUCGCCACAGGAGACCUUCAAGAGAACCCAGAGGCCGCGCAAGCAGACGCAACAACACAAGCAAUCCCGGAGGACGCUACAGCAGAGGCAGUAUCUCUAUCAUCUCCGGAAGAACUACAGCCCACGGACCACCACGCUACUUCUUCUAGCAAAGCUAUUAAAAAGAAGACUUCUAUUAAUAAAGAAGCGAAACAAGCAUUGAUGAAUCCGGUCUUUUUGCAGCCAGUGAUUAAAACUGGCGGAAACUUCGAUGUUAACGCGAUUCGGCGGGGCGAUAAAAAAGUCGAGGCCAAGGAACGAACUUAG